UUGUUUCUGUUGGCGUGAGAAAAGUCAAAGGAUCUCAAGUCGUCAAAAUCAAAAACAUAAAACAUACCAAGAAAAAAACAGUUCAGCGUUCUGCAAGACUGCAACUAUUGGGGAAUCUUUCGCAGCCUCCCACUAAAUCUUUUGAAAAAAUAUUGAAUCCUCAAAGUGCCGAUCCUCCUAAAUCCAAUGUUUGCUCUUUUUAGCCCUUCUCUCCCUAUAUAUUUUUUCACAAGCACCUCUUUCAAUUCUCUCCGUUUCACUAGCUCUUAUUCCAAAGCAAAAGAAGAAGAAAGGGCAAAUUAGUAUAAUAUGGAGACCAUGAAUGUUCAGGUGAUGAGAAGCUUAUCAGAUAUGGUAAUUAAAAAAGGACCAUGGACUGAGGAAGAAGAUUCUGUUCUGAUCAACUAUGUCAACGUCCACGGCGAAGGCCACUGGAACUCCCUCGCUCGCUCUUCAGGUUUAAAGCGAACGGGCAAAAGCUGCAGACUAAGAUGGUUCAACUACUUGCGCCCAAAUGUUCGACGUGGGAACAUCACCCUUCAAGAACAGCUCUUGAUUCUCGAACUCCAUUCCCACUGGGGCAAUCGGUGGGCCAAAAUAGCAGAACAACUGCCAGGGAGAACAGACAAUGAGAUAAAGAACUAUUGGAGGACUCGAGUGGUGAAGCAGGCUAAGCAACUCAAAUGUCAUGUAAACAGCAAACAGUUCAGGGACGCCUUGCGUUUCGUUUGGAUGCCGCGCCUUAUGGAGCAGAUUCAGGCUUCUUCUUCUUCCUAUGGCCUUGAUCAAACCACGUUGUGCAACACUCAAACCCACAGAGACAACUCAAUGGUUUCAUCGUACUCAUCAGAGGUUGAUCUUCAGCCUCCUUCUCUUUCUGAUACAAGUAUAACUUCAUCAUCUUACAAUUUAAUUGGUGAUGGAGGCCUGUCAACGGAAAGUGCAGAAAAGGGGUCCAUAUACUCUCUUUGGCAGCAUUGGGACUACUCUGACAUACAAGCAUUUGAGCCAUGCAAUGGUUUUGGUGAUGCAGACUUGUGGACCGAUGAAAACAUGUGGUUCUUGCAGCAGCAUCUUGCUGAUGAAUUAUGAUCCAGUUUUGCAAUUUACACUAGGCUUUGCAAUUAACAAGUUCAACGAUAUAUCGCUAAUUAAACUACUGAAUGUCAUUAUUUGAGUGAUGAUUGAUUGUUUGUAAUUGUCCUACAUGAUACAUUAAUUUUCUUAUGAAA